UUGGCAGUCUCCUCCAUCUCAUCAAACGUCGAGCAUGCAUCUCUUAUACCGGUUAUUGAGGAGAUCUCUGUAAAUAUUUGCAGUGACCUGUGAGCCGAAACGCAACACCAUGGAGGCCGUUAAAGCCUUUAACAACGAGCUGUACUCAUUGAAUGAGUACAAGCCACCCAUCUCCAAGGCCAAGAUGACUCAGAUCACCAAGUCUGGAAUCAAGGCUAUAAAAUUCUACAAGCAUGUUGUCCAGAGUGUAGAAAAGUUCAUACAAAAGUGCAAACCAGAAUACAAGGUCCCAGGGCUGUAUGUCAUCGACUCAAUCGUCAGACAGUCACGUCACCAGUUUGGCACAGAGAAGGACGUUUUUGCCCCACGCUUCAGCAAGAACAUCAUUGCUACGUUCCAGCACCUCUACCGUUGCCCCCCAGAUGAUAAGAGUAAGAUAGUGCGAGUCCUAAACCUGUGGCAGAAGAAUGCGGUCUUCAAGAGUGACAUCAUUCAGCCUUUGCUGGACAUGGCAGCGGGGAUUCCUCCUCCCAGUGCCACACCUGUCCUUGCCAGUAGUGCUGCUCCUGUCAAUAACACUACACCUGGCACCCCGGCUACACCAGCCACUCCAGCAAACAUAGUCCAGGGUCUGCCUGACUGGGCGUCCCAGAUUACAAAUACAGAUACUGUGGCUGCUGUUGCUCAGAUUUUACAGAGUCCCCAGGGACAACAGCUUCAGCAACUGGUACAGAGUCUGCAGAUGCAGCAGCAGAAGCCCCAGCCAUCCCUGCUGCAGGCUUUGGAUGCUGGCCUAGUGGUGCAGUUACAAGCUCUGACAGCUCAGCUCACUGCUGCAGCUACUGCAAACAGCCUCAACCCUCUGGAGCAGAGGGUCUCUUCUUUUAAUAAGAAACUUUUGGGUCCGUUUGACUUUGGGAACGAUUCUGAGCGCAAUGAAGAAUCUAAAAAGGAUAGCUCGUCAUCUCAGCUGCCCAUGGUGUCCGAGCCCAUUAACAGCUCACUAUUCCAUCAACUGGCUGAGCAACUACAACAACAAAACCUGGAACAGUUUCAGAAGCAGCUGCUAGAGCAUCAGCAGAAGGCAAUGAGCAUAGAGGGACAGGACUCAAUAUUUGGGCAAGAGAACUCUGUUGUAACUGCUCAGAACAGCAGCCAGUCACAGCUUUCUGAAUCAGACAAUAAGAUUGAUGACUCCAUUGACAACCAGCAGCAGGACAUGGAUCUGGAUGAGGGCCCUGAUGGAAUGGAGGAAGAGAUCUUUGAAGCAGACGACAAGAAAAAUCUGAGCGCACGGUCUAGAACACGUUCUAGGUCGCGCUCCAGGUCCCCCAAAAGGAGAAGGUCCAGGUCCCGCUCUGGCUCUCGGAAGCGUAAGCAUCGCAAGAGGUCACGGUCACGCUCCAGAGAUCGCAAGAGGAAAUCAUCACGGUCUUACUCAAGUGAAAGACGUGCCCGAGAAAGAGAGAAGGAGCGCCAGAAGAAAGGGUUACCUCCCAUAAGAUCUAAAACUCUAAGUGUGUGCAGUACAACUCUGUGGGUGGGCCAGGUGGACAAAAAAGCCACUCAGCAGGAUCUCACCAAUCUGUUUGAAGAGUUUGGCCAGAUUGAGUCCAUCAAUAUGAUCCCUCCUAGAGGCUGUGCCUAUAUAUGUAUGGUGCACAGACAGGAUGCAUACCGUGCCCUCCAGAAGCUCAGCACUGGCUCUUUUAAGAUCGGCUCCAAGAUCAUCAAGAUUGCAUGGGCUCUGAACAAAGGUGUAAAGCAGGAGUACAAGCAGUUUUGGGAUGUGGACCUGGGUGUCACCUACAUACCAUGGGAGAAAGUUAAGCUAGAUGACCUGGAUGGCUUUGCAGAGGGGGGAAUCAUUGACCAGGAGACAGUCAAUGAUGAGUGGGAGGCGAAUAAGAACUCUGAACCAGCCAAGGAAGUUACAAGUCAGCCAGUAAGCGCUGAGACUACAGCGGCAUCCAAUACACAGACUGAGACCUACACCCAGCAGGUUACCAUGAUGCCCGUACAGCUACCAGUGGCCCAGGCAGUUCCUGGUGCAGUCGGUUUGGUGCCUCCUACCUUCCCAGUCACCAUGGGCAUACCUCCACCCGGCUAUGGGCCUCCACCGCCCUUCAUUAGAACUGGCUUCAAUGCCACACAGCCUCCACCAAGUUUCAUGCAAGCCGCACAGGCCGCAGGCAUGCCUUCAGUAACUACAGCUCUGGUGCAGCCUUCAGUGGCCUCCAGCCAAGAAGCUGUCAAAGAGACCCCAUUCAGCUCCAUGAUCCCUCCAGCCAGCACAAUCCCUGGCAGCUUCAUGCCUUCAGCCAUCCCAGGAGCUGGUGUGUUCAACCCAGUGGGUGUUCAAACUCAGCAAGCCACUAAUGAGAAAACUCCCCAGUCUGCUGAGGGUAUGGAUGCUGCAGCAGAGCUCACACUACAAGGCAUGCAGAAUGCAGUCCGUGGUGGGAUGGGUCUACUUGGCAUGCAUCCCACAGCUUCCCUCUCACAUCCAAUGCAUCAGUCCGGUCUGGGUGGACAGAGGAUGCCUGGCCUGUUGCCCCUGGAUGUGCGGCCUAACCUCCUUCAGCCUGGUGCUGCUGCCCGCUUCCCACUCCUCAUGCAGCAGGGCCCUACCCAGCAAGGCACUGGCCUCCUUGAGAGUUCCCUCCAGGCUCAGGCCAGAACCAGGGCACCUUUCCCUCAGGUGGACCCCUUCAGCAGGCCCCCCAACCUGUCUGGUGAAAACUUAUCCAAAACAGAAGGCGAAUCCUCUUCUGGGGCCGAUGAGGGCAAAGACCAAGACUACCGCUUCCCUCCAAUGGAAAAGCAGAGCACAGGCCUUCUACGGACUCCUCCACCAGAGCAUAGGGACCCCCUUGGAGGUGGUGGAGGGGCAGGAGGAGGAGGAGGCAGACCUCCCUUGCUCCAGACUCCCGGAACUCAGCCAGCCAGAACCAGCUUAGUGGGACGUUUGCAGGCUCUUGCAGGCUUCACUCCUGAUAACCGCUGGAACCAUGCCAGAGGGGACUUUGAUGAACGAGAUGGCAUCCGUGGAGGCCCUCAUGCCCCUGGUGGUCUGAAAGGCUUUCAAGAUGAACGCCCCCCACCUGGGCAAAACUUUCCCAGCCGCUUUGACAACCGUCCUGGUGCAGCAGGGGGAGUGGCAGGUGUAAAUGCUGGAGGUGUUGGGGCCUCACAGCCCUGGAACCGUAGUGGUGCGGCCGCUGUUCAGUUCGAAAGUGAACUACAUCAAGACCUAGAUGAUCGAAGACGUCCAUGGGAGAGGCAAAGGGACAGAGAUGAAAGAGAUUUUGACUUCAGGAGAGAUAUGAAUGGUAACCGCCACAGCCGUGAGAGAGGACGAGAAAGGGAGCGUGAGAGGGAGGGGGAGCGCGGCCGAGAACGUAACAGAGACCAUGAACGUGACAGAGACCAUGACAAAGAGAGGGACCGUGAGCGUGGAGGCUGGACACCUCUCCUUCCUUUACCUACACCUCUACUUCCCACUCCUUCUCUUAAUCCCAACCUGACACUGAAUCAAGGAAAAAUUCUUGCCCCACUCAAAUUAAACCCUCAGAUGCAGUCACGAUUCCAGUCGCCUCUUCUGCCUCAAGCUCAGGCCAAACCUCCUCUUCUGGGUCUGAAUCAGCCACAGCCUCAGGUUCAGAUCAGACCUCCUCCUCCAUCACAGAACCAAGUUUCUGUGUCUGAGCCCCAAUCAGAAACACCGGCUCCAACUGAGUCGCCAGCCUCAUUCCGUUCACCUGACGACAAGGGUCAGAGCAAAUUGACUGAGCCUCUCAGUCAGUCCAAGGCAUCUCCUCAACUGGAGACCCCCCAGCAAGCAGAGUCACCACCCCAGCCCACUGUCCUGUUCCCCUCUAAGACCGCUGCUUCUCCAGACAAUGAAACCCUGAGCCACGCCUCACAGCAGGCUGAGGCCUCAUCCCAAGACUCACCUGUAGCCUUCACGCAAGCUGACAGCCCCCCCGAAGAUCUGACUCCCUCUCUGGAGAAGCAGGAUCCCCCACAGAAGGAUGAGGAGGAGUCACAAGAGGGAGUCUCCUCACCUCAGCCACAAUGGGUCAAUGGACCUGAAAAGGACAGUGUCGGUAUGGUUGAGCCCACUCCAGAGGCCUCUCCUGAGCCCACCCCAGACCCCGCCUGUGAUUCUUUGCUCCCUGAAAUGGGGCCACUACAGGAGCAAGUUUCAUCUCCUAAGGACCUAGACAAUGAACAGAAUGAGCCCAUGGAGGAAGCUCCGAGUCAGCCAGUGGUAGACACUGUCACAGACACUGAGGGGACAUAAUCAUCACUCAGUAGGUAAAAGAUCAUUUUGUAAAGUUGUCUCUUCUUCUCUGUACUCAUGUCAGCAAACUACCACCACAACACGGGACAUGAUGAAUAUUGACUCACAUCAGUUGUUGUCUGAUAAUUAAUAACAAAUGAUUUUUCUCUCUCACAAAUACCAGUGUACUUAAAUAGAAGACUCCUUAGGUGACCUAUGGAUAGAUUUUGUUUGUAUUUUAUUUCAUUUUUCCUUUUUUUAAGUUGUAAAACCACACCUCCCAUUUUAAGUAAUAGAACUUGGUAAAUUUUAUUGCAAUGCCUGCCAAAAUGUUUUUAAUUGUACUUUGGAAAAACUAACUGAACCUUCCUAUGGAAGAGAAUAACAAAUCCUGGCUGUUCGACAAUGGAUUGGGGACAGAUCAUAUGUGAUACUUGAAAAUAGCAGCUGGUCAGCCAAUUAUUGUCUCCUCUUUUUUUAAACUGAUUCUGCACAGUUUUACAUAGAAUUCUUUUAUGUGUCUUUCUGUUUUUAAACAGAACAAAUAGCCUACAACACAGUGAGACCAGAACAGCUGCUUUAAUUGGAAAAAAAAUUACGAUUUUUAAAUUAAAUUGAAAACAUGAAAAAUGUUGUACCCCCAAAAUAAAUGUGUGUAAUUUGUUUCUAAUUAUACAGUGAACACAAACAGAAAAUCUUAUGCCGGGGGGGAGGGAGAAAAAAAGAAGAUGAACAGCGGGAUGUUCUGUUGUUGGGUGCAUAUUGUUUUAGUUUUAAAUAAACAUGCUUUCUCUGUUUAAAAAUACAUGCUUUAGGACUGUUUUCUGACCCAAGACCAGUGGAAAAAUAAGACUGCUUUACUUCACAGACUCGUACACACUGUGUGCUGUCACUUCAGUCGAUUUGAUGCUGUCAAGUUGCUGCUAUACCAUCUAUCCACAGAGCACUUUGUUGGAUGCAACCGUGGGACUUGUAGUUUUUAGCUUCUGAUGACUUCAGCCUGUAUGUUUGCCUAAGCUUUUUUUUGCUGGGUGACUGUUGAGGAUGGUAUUGUGCCUUUUUUUAAUGGAUUUGUUGUUCAUGAUGCUAUCCAACACUUCUGUGUGAUGUACUCCAGACUGUGCAUGCAACUCGAUUUCAGAGGGCUCUCUGAAGCAAAUGCAACCUGCACAGAAUUGACUGACUCACCAAUUGAGUGGUAGCUGCACAGUUUGUACAGCACUCACCUAAAGGAGGACGAUCUGUACUCCAUUCUGUGCAUGCAGGCCUGUAGCCAUGUUUUAACCUUCGUGUCUCUCUUCAUUUCAUACUUGUAGUGGUUUUCUGUUGAGACAUACUUCUAGUAAUCCGUAGUCUGCUGUUCUCUCAGACCAAAUGUCUACUACAGGACUUGUGAUGUUAAAUAAAAGUUGAAGGUGCAUCUGA